UGUGAGAUAUAAUUUUUGAAGUAAUGAAAUUAUCUAUCUGUUGUAUUUAUAACUUUUUGUGUGGAAAACGUUUGCUUUUAUUUUAGAUAGUCUAUUAACGGUGUUAGCUAAAUUUGAAAACAAAAUAUGAACCAAGUAAAAUAAUUGGUCACUAUAGCUUUUACUCAGGUUAAUGUCGAAAGUAUGGUUAUCCAAAAACAAUAAAACUAAAUAAAUUAACUGUUAUAAAUUAUAUGUCACCAAAAAAUAAAGAAAACCAAAAAUCUAAAAUAUGUGGAAUUUGAUUACUUUUAACAAUAUUGAAAACUAAAAAGUUCAACUACAUGUAACUUUUGCCAAACAUCAACCAAUAUGUUUAUCAAAUGUUAGUUGUAGUAAACUUAAUAAAACAAACCUAUUCAAUCACACAUUUUAGUUUCAGAGCCACUAAUUAUUUUCUUCAUCUGUUUGAUUAUAAUUUGUGAUGGUCUCUGUCUUCUUCUCCUUGGCAAGACAGGUGAAAUUAAAGGUUCACUCUCCUCAGAGUUUCUUAAGUAGCAAAUGUGAAAAUGAUACUUACAAAACCUCAUUUGCAAAGCCACCCAAAAGAUUAUGGUUUCUCUCUGGUUCUGUAUCAUUAGGCUUCCACUAAAUUGGUUAUAGAAACAGUUCAGUUGUUUGGUUGUUGGUGAAUGGAAAUGGAAUAGUGGUACAUGUUUGUUUCUGUUUUGCUUGAACUAUUGAGUUACGCUAGAUGCAAUCAGCUUGCUCCUUGCAAACAAGACACAGAAUACUCCUUGAAUAGUUCUGGGCACCUUGGGACCAGUGUAUUCUUAAAGUCUUGAGGCAAACCCUUUACGGACUCGACCUUUUCCGACACUCACAAUCAACAAUAUACAUAACCAUUUAAUAAACUUAUUUUUUUACUAUUUUGCUACAUAUUGUAGCACAUUAUUAAUCUAUUUAUCUAUCUCUAAUACUGUAAUACUAGGUGUUUGGCCCGCACAUGCGGACAUGAUCAUUUUACGAAAAGUAUAAAUUUUAAAAAUAUCAUGCUAAAUUAUUUUUUAUAUUUUUAAUCACAAUUUUUUUUUUGUUUUUUUUGUCAAAUUUUCAUCUUCUUGAACAUCAGUGGAAUCUAAAAACUAUGAAAAAUCACCUAUCAACCAUCUCACGCAAUGAAGUAAAUUAAAAAGAUGAUCUUUCUUCUCUUUCAGUUAUUUUUACCUCAUCAAACCAGCAACAUGCAAGAAACUAUCAAAAACAAACUGAAAAUACAAAACGAAAAUAAAUACAAAGAAAAAUAAAUAAAUUAAAAACUAAAUUUUAGGAUAACUUCGUAUAAACUUAAAACAGAAGAAAAUUGACGACAAAAAAAUAAAACAGAAGAAAAUUGAGAUAAGGACAAUAUUUCCUUAGUUUGCGUGAUAAAUAUAGACGCAUAUUUAUCUUACUGUUUUAAAAUUUAAUUUUACAGGUUUAUUUGACUGUUUUGAAUUAUUAGAAGUCUUUGUUUUAUUUAGUCUAACGUGUAAUUAUCAAGUUGCCCACAAAAUACCUAUCAAAAUAACGUGUAAAGUGUAAUCAAUUAUACAUAUUUAAUUAUUAAAAUUACUAUUUAUAUAUUUAUUAAGGGUAAUAUAGAUAUUAACCGCUCUAACUUUUAACAUGAAAGUUCUGUUGCGAAAAAUUACUUUGCAAAUAAUAGUAUAUAUUAAGUUUUUCUCUCUCCUUGGGGCAAAGCCACGUGUCAUCCUAUUUUAAGCUUCUCUAUUUACUUUCUCACCGAAUACUAAUGUAUGGGCAAUAUUCUAUAACUGUUACUCCCUAUGUUUCGUAAAGUUACAUAUUCUAGAGAAAAAUUUUGUUUCAAAAAGAUCUAUUUUUUUUUUGCAUUUUUAAUGCAUGUUUUAUCAACUAAUUGCAAACUUCAAAAAACUUAAUUGCACUUAUUAGAUUUUUAUUAGCUUAGAAUUAUGGGAAAAAGAUACUCACAAAAAAAUAUGAAAAUUUAGUGUGUUUUAUUAAAAUGUGUGAAAAGUUUAAAAUAUGUAACAUUUUGAAACAUACGGAGUAAAUGCUAUAUGCUCUUAUAUUAUUUUCUUAGAAGGCCCAUAAGUUAUUAGAGUUUGCUUCAUUAUACAGUAGAAUCUCUAUAAAUUAAUACUUGACAAAUUAAUAAUUUAUAUAAAUUAAUAAAUUUUGCCGGUCCCCAACUCAAAAUUUGACAAAAAUCUAUAAAAAUAAUAAGAUAAUAUUUUCUUUUUGAAAAUAUAUGUAAAUAUAUGGUCCUAUUAAAAUUAUAAAUUAAUAAUUUAUAUGUAUAUAUAUAUUUUAUAUAAGUAAGAACCUAUUAUUAUAUUGCCUGUCUUAUAUUCACAAUAGAAUUAUCAUUAUAUUUUGAUAAAAUUUAGUAAUAUUAAAUCUAAAAACACAUUUAAGUUCUAUGCAAUAUAUAUUAUAUACACCAAAUAAAAUAAUAAAAUUAAUAUAAAUUUCAAAUUAAAAAAAAACAAUUAAUGUCUAUACACUAAAAUCAUACAUUUUUCUUAUCUUAGAAUAAAUAUAUCCUAAAAUAAGAAAUCUAAAUAAAGAAAUUUUUGUAAAUUAAUUUCUCUAUAAAUUAAUAAAAUUUCAAAGUCCCGAUAAUUUAUAAAGGUUCUACAUUAUCUUCUGGAUGAGUUUAGCUAUUUCCCAUGGAUAUUAUGGUAUAUACUAGAAAUGAUAAGAUCUAUUCUAAUAAGGAUGGAAACCCGCAGGACAUCCUAUGCCUAGCUGAAGUGGAAAGCACGACAUGGAUGGAUGCACAAUUAACGGUGAAGAAACAGCAUGAGCAUCUUCAUCAUGGGAGUUUAAAACAGGGGACUGAUUGGAUUUCCUUGGACAAUACGAGGAUUUGUUAUAUUGAUGGAGCCUGAAAAAAGAAGAUAAAUUCACGGGACAAGGAUGGUUAUGUCGAAGUACUGGCUCGGCAGAUGUUAUGAUGGGUGCGAUGAAUUUCCGUAGAAGUCUAUCUCCUCUUCAUGCUGAGUACGAAGCAUUGAUAUGGGCGAUAGAGUGCAUGAAAACCCUUCAGUUCUUUGAAGUAGUGUUCUCAAUUGGUGAAGAUGGUGUCGACACCUGAGACUGGCCAGCUUUCUCUACACACAUGGAAGAAUUUAGACGCAGUAAGUGUUUCUUCCCUUAUUUCCGAAUCAGACGUAUUCCAAGAGCACAAAACACUUUGACGGACAGAAUUGCACGUGGUGCGAGAAUUUCUCCUACAACUAUGCUAUAUGUCGAUUCCACACCUCCGGCUUGGCUCUCCGAAUCGGAUGGUUUAGUUACUUAGUUUGAUUGUUUUUGUCAAAAAAAAAAAUAGUAAAGCCCAACAUGAAAAGUUUAAUUAACUUGCAUCAACUAAUAACAUUAGAAUAUGUCCAUUUAACACUAAUAGCAAAUUAUACAACAAAUCAACACAACACUUUACAAAUUUAUAUAACACAAGUAUCAAAUAAUCUGCACGCAGCACAGCCACUAGCAAGUAAGGAUUUCUUCAUUUCCGAGAGGGGUUCCACGUCACUAAAUAAAGAUAUCAUAGCUUGCCACCUGUCUAAUUCUAAGCAAGUGAAGAAUAUGUAAGAUUGGAUUAUUGUUAUUUGGGCUGAUAAAACACACCAAAGUAAAGUCCAUUUCACAUUUGUCCUUCCUUUUUUCUGUGUGCAAUCAGUUAUUUUCAUCUAUUCAAUUAAAACAUGAACAUGACCUAUUGAUAAAUGUUAUGUUCAACUAUUUUUAUAACUGCAUCAAAUUAUAUCACAUCUCUAAACAUUGAAUUAAACAAAAAUAUGAUCACAAAAAAUAACACAAAUAUAAAAAUUAAAAUUUAUCAAAAAAAUAAAACAAAAAAUAUACUCGCCAUUUGAAAGGACGAGUCCUAAUCUAGUUCAUAAUUAAAACACUACAUAACAAAUAAGCUCUUCCGGACAAACCCGAAUAGCCAAGUUUAAAACUUUAGCAAAACAAAUCGAAGAGAGACAAACUCAACAGAGUUUGAUAAUCCCACUAUAUAAAAUGGACUAAUUUUGGAUGUUAUAAAGGAUGCCACAUGGGCAAAAUAUUCUCAACCACUCAUUGUGCCAAGUCACUGGCGGAUUGGGCUUAAAAAAAAACCCAUGAAAUACGAUCGGGCUUCGUUUGCGCUUACUUAAUCUACGCCUCCGUGAUUUUGCGUGUGGGCCAGCUAAUUCAUUUUCCUCGCAGCCCAGCCCAUUAUAACAGAUGAGUUUUUGCUCACUCCUAAAGCUGUCCACAUAGGCAAAGUGGGUCCCACAAAGAAAAAUGAGUCUGCGUUUUGCAUUUUCGAUUUCGCGUGUAUUGAUUUACGAAAUGGGUUGAUUCACUGACUCUGAAGUGUGUUUUUGGACAAAGUGGCCCAGUAAAAUCAGAAUAAACAAUUACAACGAAAGCCACUUCUCUUCGUAGUCUUCCUCUUCGAUGUAGAUUAGGGUUUCAAUCUGUUCAGUCUCCUGUGAGAAAUCGAAAGCCGCUUCCGAGAUUAACUUAACAUCAAGAAUAACGACGAUCUCAUGAGCAUUAUCCUCCACCUACGAUACAAGAUGAGAGAAGAGCUUUUGACUGGAAACCAGAGAAACAAGAGCUUCCAAUUGCUCAGACUGUUUUUUAUGUGAUUUAUGGAAAACUUACGUAUUCAGAUGCUAGAACAAACUAUUCCCUUAAUGCUAUUAAAUUCUUAAAAAACACUUACUCUUUCGCUCAUUCAAAGAUUUCUAUUACAAACUUUUAUAGCAGGCAGCACCAUGAGAAACUGUUCUUUGAUAUGGAUCCAAACGUGAUCAGUUCAACGAGCUUAAAUCCAAAAAUAGUGGGAGGUAGGCAUGUUGACUCCCUGUUGUAUGAUAUUUCAUCUUCGGAGAACCCAACCUCAAGGACCCAUUUCUAUUUUGAUAGCGAGAGUAACAUAGGUUUCCAGGGGAGUGAAGAUGGGUCCGCCUCAACUGCUACAAAAUAUGGAGGGGUGAAGAAGAUUGUAUCAUUAACACUGUGAGAGCUGAAUUCUUAUGUAAUCAUUUCACCACCACAAGCUGCAGAGUUCUUGUGCACUGCGAAAGUUGACAGCAUUGAAAAAGCAAAUGGGUGGUGCUACUUCUCAUAAUCUAAAUGCUCCCGGAAACUUUAGCGUAGUUUCUCAUCGCUUACAUGCACAGCCUGUCAUGAUGCAAACAUUGUAGUUAUUGUUAGGUGCCAGGUUGAGAUGGUAACAGAUCACUCGAACUCUGUUCUGUUUGUGGUUUGGACGCUGAGAUGAACAAGCUUACCGAAGUCCCUGCCUCAUCACUGUCUCAGGACAUGGGCGCCGGAGUGGAAGACCCAGAGAGCAUAGCCUACCACAAUGCGUUGAAGAUAUCGUAGUGAGGAACUUAACAUUCCAGCUGAAGCUUUCGGAGUUUAAUUUCUCAGGAAAGCAGUUAUUCACCAAGUAGUCAUUCACCGUAUCCCGCAUUUUUUGUCGCAACCAACGUCCACCCCUCCCGCAGCACAAUGAGGUUAUGAUAACCCUGACGAUGAGAUGCCAUGAGCUGGAGCUGUGAAAAAAAAAGAUUCAUCCCAACGUUGAAAGCAGUUUAGCUGUCAACAGCAGUGACCCCAGUAAUUGUCAUGGUGGAAGGCCACCCAGGAGGAAAUACUGAACUAAACGAUAUCCAUGCUUUAUCUGACAUGUCUCCCGAAGAGUUUCAAGAGGCAGAUGGUGUGGAGUGUGCGCACUUCGAAGAAACCUCGCAAUGGGUAAGCUUCAGAUUAUUGGAGGCCAAUACACUAUUGCUGACUCACAGCUGUUUUGGUAGCACGUUUUUUUUUAGUAUUUCAUGUAUUCAAUAAGUAUGCAUGGAGCUAUCUAGAUCGAUGUAAGCAUUUUUGUAUUAACAAAAGUAUAGGUUGACUCACUUCUCCCAUGUUUUAAAGUUGAUUGGAUUUUGUUUUAAAGGUUUGCUUCCCAUCCAAGGAAUGAAGUGUCCUCCACUGUUAAAUAGGGUUACAGCAGGUGAGGUUAGACAGAUGAAUAUAUUGAAACUACUUAUCUCAUAUUAUUUUUUGCUUUUUGCUUUUCAACACAAUUGUAAUUUGUAUUAACUAAUCAAGCCAUGGAUGUAUUUGACAUGUAAUGAGUUUAACCAUGUAGCUGAAUCGAUGAUUUCUAACCAUAAAGUUUUUGAGGGUCCAACAUAUAGUUUAAGUGUCUAAGUGGGAUUUUAACAAAUGUUAUAAAGCCUUUCUUCCGAAAAAAUCAGUAUGCUAGAAACAAGAUAAUGAAGAUAAAAUUAUAAAAUUAUAAAAUUAUAUACUUUUUUUUGAACGGCAUAUCAAAUCAUAUACAUGCACUAAGAAAUCAACAAAUUUAUGUUUUGGAUAAUACAUUCACGAAAAAUAAGGUCAAAAACUUCAAAUUCAACAAAAAAGAUUAGAACAAAACAAACAAACAAAAAACCUCAGUAACAAACAAAAUGUAACUCUAGGUGGAUGCUGGUUAAUUUACGUAACUAAAUACCAUCCCAUACAACACACUUACACACAUGCCAACAGCCCUUCGUUUACAACCCUCACCCCGUCCCCCUUCACAAACAACACACCAACAUCUCGCUAAUGAUGCCCGGAACUACAACCCUUUGCAUAUACAAAUUUCUGCAAAGCAACACCACAAUUAUAACAACCUCAUUACUAAAAGGGUCUACUCCUUAUAAGUGGAGAAACAACUGCAUACAUAAUUCAUCAUCACACCUCAAUCCUAUUACAAUACAAAGUUUGAAAAAUCAAUGAUCAAAGCACAAUGUAAACUUCACAAAUACGGCAUCACUUGCAGACAUAUAGAACAACAACUCCGUUCCACGACCCCGCGCUUGCGCGGGGGCUCCGCCCCUAGUGCAUCUACACUAGAAAAAGAGAACAAUCUCACUUUAAUCUCUUCAAACGACUUUUGAUGAACCAACUUGUGAAUGCGGCUUUAAAUACAAGUCCAUAACCUCGAAUUUCAUUAAAAUGAAUCUCGCUGCAUCUACCGGUUCCAAAAUACCUUCGCACAAGAGUGCAAGACGGUUAGGAUAAAGAUCUUCUUCUUCGAAAUUGUAUCUCAAAAAAAGGACCUUUCUCGAAGAGAUGAAUUUUUGAUGGAAGUGUUCUUUCUUCAAAGGAAGAAUAGGGUUAAAUUGAUCUCUCUUGGUCCCAAAGGUUGAUUAGAUGUUUCCAUCCAUGACAAAAUCUGUGGGAUUAAGUGUAGACAGGGCGCUUAAAGUGGAUUUUUUCCAUGAACCACCGAGACACAUAUUGCUGGAAAAGAAAGGAUUGAUGGUCUCCACGUUGACUGAUUUCAAACGGUACGUCUACGUCUCUCUGGUUGGCCCUCCUCUUUCCUCUCUAAGCAUGAAACCCAAAGAAGUCUCGAUCAAAUAACCAACUCGCCGAAUGUGAAACUGCAUCGCUUGAGUUGUGACUCGUGUACACAUAAGAUUAUACAUAUAUAGUCAAUCACAUCUCCGUUGGUACCAUAUAAGCGGCUGUAACUCGUUCUGGCCUUAUGCAAGUUAGCAUCCUCAAUCAACAUAUAGUAUUGGCCACAAGUCAACAAAUAGUAUUAAACUUCUUUUUUUUUUCAUUUGAGAAAAGGUUAACUAGCGACUAGAAUAGGUUCCAUUAACUCUUUAGCUUCUUCACCUCCCACAGCUGUGAGCUUUCUCAGACAGCAUAACAGAAGGAGGUCCUCUGCUUCCACCUCCAACAUAAAAUAUGGAAGGGUACGUACUUGUCAAGGGCUGCCAUUGAGUUCCAGUUGUGAACAAACGCAACAUGCUCACGAAGGUCACAUGCCCAUCCCCAGCUCUUUAGGAUGAUCAAUGCCGAGUUGACAUACUCAAACCAAAACGUAAAGAAGAUCGAGGCAUUAAAGACGAUCAUAAAGUCACCUGAUGCUCGAUCGUGUGGUCGUUAUGACUUAUGAUCCAUCUCCCAAGGUCUAUAAAACGAGUACCUGGAACAAGAAAAAGGGAUCCGAAUUAUUCCAUAUCAAACCUAUACUCCAAAUACCCUUGUCUCUUUAGAGUUUGUACUUUCUCAGAUUAUAAAUAAAACAGACAUUUUUCCUACAAAAUCGACACUAGACAUUUGAUUUAUUAGUUACCUUUUUAACAUGUCAAGUAAACUCUAACCCUAAUUUCUGAGUUGGAUUUUAAGAUCCAUCACUUCUCGAGAUCAGUUAGAAGAGAAUGCUUCCAUGUUUCUGCAUUUGAAUAGUGAAUUUCAUUUCAAGUAUUAGUGCUGGUCUCUUCUUCAAGCGAUUUCCCCCAAAAAGAUAUCUUCGGAGUUAUUAUUUAGUUGUAGUGAAUUUUUAUUUGUAAAAUCAUAUUUUAAGACAUUUUUAAGUAGUAUAAAACUUCAGCUAGAGCUUGAGGUGUUUAUUUUUAUUUUUUAUAAAUAAAUUUUUAUUUGUAUUAGUUAUAAUAUAUAUUUUAAAAUUUACCCGUUCAAAUAAUUGUUUAAUAUGACAUUUCGAAACACAAUAAUUUUAUUGUUUAUAUUGAAUAAUUUUAUUUUAUCCUGUAAAUCAUCAAUUUUAUGAUAGAAUAUAACAUGUAUAUCCGAACAAAUGUAUUUUUAUUUUUGUAUGGAUCAAAAUUUUAUGAUAAUAUAUAAUAUUUUUUUAUAUACUAUUUAUGGAUUAAAAGUUUAUGAUAAUGUAUAGUAAAAUUUGUUGUAUAUACUAUAUAUUAUGUAUAUAUGGAAUUAGUAAAGUAGUUAGUUAACGUAUUAACUAUUUCUAAACACACAUAUAUAAUAUUAAUUAUUGUUGCCAAAUUUUUUUAGUUAUAAUUUGAUUUUGGAAAUACAUUAAAGAAGAAAAGACAAAGAAUCAUAAAAGUUAAAUUAAUUAAUAACUUCAGUGGCAUGUCGUUGUAAAUUAGUCGAAAAUUAAGGGGUAUUUUAUUUUUGUACUUCUCUUUUAUAUAUAUGUUAAAUUAGAAGUUACAAAUAAAAUAAAAUGAAGUUUAAUUUUUUUUAAUUUCAAUUAUUUCUAAUAUAUUUUGGUCAUUUUACACAAUUUAAGGUAAAUUUUAUGGGGUUUUCGUAUAAAAUAAUUUAAUCAAAUGGUAUUUUGUUUUCGUGUGUAUUUAUAGAUAUAAAAUAUUUAAAAUCAAACCAACACAAAAUCAAAUAGAAAGAAUCUAAAAUUGUACCAACAUCAUACCAAAACUCUUUGAAUAUAGGUAUCUAUAUAGGUCCAAAACUCACAUAUAUGAAAAAAGCCAUAUCCAAUAAUUCCCAAACCUGACCUAAAACUCGAAUGUCCAUACCAACACAUGGGAACACAACAUGUCCCAAUUGGUUGAACAUUUAAUUUUGAAGAAAUGCAUGAUCUCGAUGUUGCAGUCCUUGUCAGCUGUAUAGAGAAUGUAAUUUGUUUUUGAAUAAACAAAUAUUACUUAUUAAAAAUAAAAUAAAAGAUUAUCUAAAAUAUGGAAACAACAAUAUACAUAAUCAUUUAAUAAACACAUUUUAUUAUUUUUGCUACAUACUGUAGCACUUUAUUUAUACAACGUAUGGGAUUUUAUUUACAAAUAAAAAUAAUCAACUUACAUAAAUAUUGUUAUAACAUUUAGGAAAACAUAUUUAGUCGAUGGUAGUCCAACGAAGCACAGGUCCUAGUGGGUCACUAGGAUUUCUUCUGAAAUAAAUUGCAUCAUGUCUGGCACACCAUUCACGGUAUUGACCACAUUUAUUCGACCUUGUGCCUGCUCGAAAUGCUUCAAGAUGAUGAAACUGUUUUAUUCGAGGACGAGGAUUAUGUGGAUCGACCGGAAGCUGGUAAAAGAGAUUACAAAUAUACGUUGUUCUUUCUUUAGCCGAGACGAAUCGAAAAAUAUGAGAACGGUCGGGUUGUAUAUUUAUUUGUCCAUGAGAAAUGGCUGGGUUCCAGGAUUGACAAGUGACAUGAAAAAUAGUACGGUUACCGAUUUCGUUCUUGAAUACUACACGACUUUCUGCGCAAGCUUCACUCAAUCCAAAACAUAUAGUAAUAACAAACAGAAACACUAUGAAAUUAUUCAUUUUUUUUGUGAGAUAUAAUUUUUGAAGUAAUGAAAUUAUCUAUCUGUUGUAUUUAUAAAUUUUUGUGUGGAAAGCGUUUGCCUUAAUUUUUAGUUAAUCUAUUAAUGGCGUUAGCUAAAUUUGAAAACAAAAUAUGAACCAAGUAAAAUAAUUGGUCACAAUAGAUUUUAGUCAGAUUAAUGUCGAAAGUAUGGUUAUCCGAAAACAAUAAAACUAAAUAAAUUAAUUUAGAAAUUAUAAGUUACCACAAGAUAAAAGAAACCAAAAAUUUAAAAUAUGUGGAAUGCGAUUACUGUUAACAAUAUUGAUAACUAACAAGUUCAACUACAUGUAACGUUUGCCAAAUAUCAACCAAUAUCUUUAUAAAAUGUUAGUUGUAGUAAACUAAAUAACGUGGUGCCAAAUAUCAACCAAUAUCUUUUUUGAAAGUCAUCACGCAGCUAACUCUCUCCUCGUAAAAGUGCGAUUAGGCGAUAAGGCUUCGGAAACCUAAUCUCCGCCGUCGGUCGGCACCACGCCGUUCCGGCGAGAACCCUCCUCCCCUAUCCUUCUGCUCUCUCUUUUCUAAUGCCUCCUAAGAAGAAACGUCGUAACGCUCUCGGGGCUCCACCAAUAUGGCUCGCCUUCAAGGUGCUUCUAAGCCCCCUGCCUCUGUUCGUACUCUGAAGAAAUCGUCGUCUCUCGCCGGUGCUUUGUGCGCUGCCGCUGCAAUUACCACCGAGGUGGUAGAGAUGGCUGAUUCUCCAGUGAAGGGAUCUCCUGCCGAGGCUAACCUAUCUGGAUCUGAUUGUGGUACUUCUUCGACGCAGGUCUCAUUGACUUCAGGUAUCUCAGUUCCGGCACCUCCGGUUUCUGAGCGAGUUAUUACUUCCACUUCCGGUGAGGAGGUUAGAGCUAGAGUGGCUCCAGCUGGUGUUUCUACUCAGUUUGAAGCUGUUGGCGGGUCAAAGGUUCCCUCAGUCUCAAAUUUGCCAGAGGUUAAAAGCUAUGCAAGUCUCCUUAAAGCUUCGGCUCAAUUGGAGGAGUUGGCUUCGCCAACAGAGCACGUCUCGGGUGUCCCCUUCGUGUUUAUACCCGAUGAAAAUAUCGUGGCUGCUAAGGAAGAGUUUCGUGAUUUCAUCUACGCAAGAUUUCACGGUGAUUACCCAUCGAUGGGCCGUAUCAUUGGUGUAGUCAACGCAAUUUGGGCGCGAGCUGGGCCAAGAAUUUUUGUCCACAAUAUAGGAGAUGGUGCUUUCCUUCUCAAGGUCACUAAUGCGAAAACCAGGGAAUCUAUGUUAGCUAGGACCUGUUGGAAUGUAGCAGGUUAUCCUAUGUUUGUGGCUCCCUGGUCCCCCGAAUUUACUCCAGAAGAGGCUCAUAUCACAAGUGCGGUGGUACCGGUGGAACUCAGGAAUGUCCCUUAUCUCCUCUUCAACAAGGAGAGUUUAAGCAGGAUUGCUACUGCGGUGGGGAAACCUAUCUCUCUAGCACCUGAAACAGAGAGGAAGGAAAAUUUUCAAGUGGCUAAGCUGUAUGUCAGGGUGGAUCUUACUAAGUCUCUGCCUAGUAAGAUUAUCUCUGGUUUCUCAAAUAGCAAGGAAAAUGAGAUUUCAAUCAGCUAUCCUUGGUUGCCAUUAAAGUGUGAAGGGUGUGGAAAAUUUGGUCACCAGCGUGAUGAAUGCAGGCUGUUUAAGUCUUCCGCUUCAUCUCGUCAACGAUCUGCUAGUCCUCUGGGUGCUGGUAAAAAUGUCAGAAACAGAUCCAAACAUGGAAGAACUAGACAACUUCCGCGGACGAUUACUCAACAAUUGUCUGCUGGGACUGAGAGGACAUCUGAGCUAGAGGAGGGUGAGAUUCCUCAGUCUUCUGUAACAGACAAUAGCCAUUAUAUUAAUACUGUGGACGCUAAUAGCAAAGCUGCAGUAGAGAUUGGGAAUUCAGUGGAGGUUCCGGAAACUCCUAGCUUUUCUGACAACGCUCUAAUAGUACAGCAUGAAUCCAGUGUCGAGAGAACUUCACCGCAGGAUGAGACAGCUACUGGUGGUAGGGACACAACAGUAGAAGAAGCUCCUUUCUUCCUUGUAGGCGGAAGGAAGAGUGGCCGCAAGAUCACACACCCCAUAUAAUAAUAAUUAUCUACGUAUUUUGCAUGGAACGUCAGACGACUCAAUAGUGACAGAUGCCACGAUAUGGUAAAACGCUGGAUUAACAUCCAUAGACCUCUCUUCGGUGUUUUUUUGGAGACGCAUAUCCGGAGAAAUAAUGAGGCUUGUAUUUUGAAUGCAAUCCCUAGAGGUUGGAAAUAUUUUGGAAACUACGAGCAUCACGAAGCGGGUCGGAUCGUAGUCGUUUGGGAUCCGUCAGUGUCAGUAUUUGUAUAUAAGGCUUCGAAGCAAGCAGUAACUUGUGGUAUCUAUAUUAUGGCGGAGAAUAUAAAUAUCACCGUCACUUUUGUUUAUGGCCUGAAUGUUGUGGCAGAACGUGAGGCUUUGUGGGAGGAGGUUGUUGUCAUUCAUGAUACGCAAGCAUUGAGCGGUAAUCCCUGGGCCGUGUUAGGGGAUUUUAAUCAAAUUAUCAGGCUACAACACCAUUCUGGUUACCCUUCUCAAGUUGUGGACUCAGCUGGAAUGGAUGAUAUGAAUUAUGCUCUCCAGGAGGCUGAGCUCUUUGAGGCACAAUGCAAGGGUACGUGGUGGAACAAUGACGACGCUGAUCCGGUGUCCAAGCGUAUCGAUCACGUUCUCAUCAAUCAAGCUUGGGCUUCUCUGUUUCCUGAUGCUUAUGCAGAAUUCUUUGAGCCGGGCCAAUCUGACCAUGCUCCCUGUAUUGUUAGACUGCCCUCUCUGAGGCGAAGAGGUCCUAAACCCUUUAAGUUCUAUCAUCAUGUUGUCGAUCACCCUGAGUAUAAUUCGAUAGUUGCUGCAGCUUGGAACCCCGGAUCGAUUGUGGGCUCUGAUCAGUUCAAACUGGUGAGAUCUCUGAAAUUACUGAAGAAGGAGCUGAGAGGUAUCAAUAGGAGAAACUACAGUGGUAUCUCUGAGAGGGUAAAGGAGCAGUCAGCAAAAGUGGCUUCACUCCAGCGUGUGGUUCUUAUGUCGCCAGACCCUGCUACAGCUGCGGAAGAACAUUGUGAAAGAAGGAAACUGAAUCUGUUACUAAAUGCUGAGCAAAAGUUCUUUUGACAGAGAUCAAGAGUUCGGUGGGCAGAUGUGGGUGAUAGGAACAUUGGAUUCUAUCAUAAAACCGUUAUCCAACACAACUCGAACAAUCAUAUACACUAUCUUCAAGACGAGGAUGACCGUUUCUUGGGUACCAUCUAUGAGAUAAAAACCCAUGCUGCUGCCUACUUCCAGAACAUUCUCGGUGAAACUGUCAUGCAUGAGUCUCCUAUCUCCGUGCAAUCGCUUGGAGAGGUCUUGUCUUUCAGAUGCUCAGAGCUGCAAUUUGCUUAUUUGAGAAGAGAGGUUUCAGCGGUUGAGAUAAUAGGCACAAUCAAGUCAAUGCCUAUGAACAAAAGUUCCGGGCCUGACGGGUACUCAAUCGAAUUUCUUCGGGCUUCAUGGGACACGGUUGGAACUGACUUUAUCUCUGCCAUCUCGGAGUUCUUCCGCAACGGCCGGCUUCUUAAGGACUUGAACACAACUACCAUUUGUCUCAUUCCCAAGAUGGAUGCAGCUUGUAGAUUGGGUGAUUUCAGACCUAUAAGCUGCUGUAACUUGAUUUAUAAGGUGAUUACUAAGAUCCUGGCAAACAGAUUGAAGCCGAUCCUGCAAUCUUGUAUCAGCAGAAAUCAAGCAGCGUUUCUUAAGGGUAGGAACUUGGGCGAAAACGUCCUACUGGCAUCAGAGCUUAUAAGGAAAUACAACUCAGCAUCUUGCCCUAGGAGCUGUAUGCUUAAGGUUGAUAUAAGGAAAGCGUUUGACACCAUAUCCUGGGACUUUGUGCUGAAGCUGCUUGACACCCAGAAUUUUCCUCCUAUAUUCGUAACUUGGAUAAGGGAGUGUAUUACUACACCGAGGUUCUCAGUGGCGAUCAACGGCGAGCUAGCGGGUUUCUUUCCCGGAAAAAGGGUUUGCGCCAAGGUGAUUCUAUAUCUCCCUAUCUUUUCAUCUUGGCUAUGGAGGUUCUAUCUAGUCUGCUGGAAAAGGCGGUUGAAGCUGGUGACAUAAGACUGCACCCUUUGUGUGAUGAUCCGCGUAUCACACACUUGUUGUUCGCAGAUGAUUUGCUCAUCUUUACAGAUGGUUCGAACCACUCUCUAAGGGGAGUAAGGAAGGUACUAGCGGAGUUUAAGUUGUGAUCGGGGUUAGACAUGAAUGCGGCAAAGUCAGAAAUCUUUUUUGGAGGGUUCAAUUCCAUAGAAGCCUCUGUUAUCAGCGAUCUCUCCGGGUUUAAGAUUGGCACAUUUCCGACCAGGUUUCUAGGCCUCCCUUUGAACCCUAGUAGGAUCAGUAUGGCUACUCUACAGCCUUUUAUUGAGAAAAUAACCUCGAAGCUCAACUCAUGGACUGUUAAAUCCCUGUCCUUUGCGGGUAAGGUAAUACUAGUUGCAUCGGGGGUGUAUGGGAUGGUAAAUUUUAAGAGCUCAGUGUUUGCUUUGCCUAAGAGAUUCUACGAGAAAGUGGACUCCCUUUGCUCGGGCUUCUUGUGGAAAAAUAGUACUUCCUCUGCCGCAGGGGCUAGAGUUAGUUGGGCCAGCAUCUGCAAGCCAAAGAAGGAGGGAGGACUUGGUAUUAGAAGACUGGAGGAGUUCCAAAAGGUUUUUGAGCUAAAAAGAGUUUGGAACUUCUUUUCAGGGUCAGGGUCAUUAUGGGUGGCUUGCCUCCACUCUAAAGUGUUUGGAAGACAGAGUUUUUUGGGUUACAGCUGAUGCACAGAGGUUCUCCCCUACUGUUAGGAGUUUGUUGAGAACAAAGGAAGCAGCUGCUGAGUUUUUAAGGUGUAGUAUCGGAGAUGGAAAAACGGCCAGAUUCUGGCAUGAUUACUGGACAGAUCUAGGUCCCCUAAUAGAUGGUUUUGGACAGCGUGGACCUAGGAAACUCCGGAUUGCUGAGGACGCGGCGGUUAGUGAUGCAGUGUGCGAUGAAGAGUGGCGGCUUCCACCAGCUAGAUCGGAAGAGGCUGUAUCUCUUCACAUUGUACUCACAACAAUGGCACCUCCUUCUACACAGUGAGGAAAAGAUAGGUUCCUCUGGCGGAACGGUGCAGGCCAUUAUGUACCUAAAUUCUCUUCUAAGGCAACAUGGCACUCUAUCAGAGAAAGGGCCUUAGAAGUUUCUUGGUCAAGUCUGAUUUGGUUUAAGGAGGAGAUUCCUAGGUGUUCGUUUGUUUCUUGGAUGGCAAUCCUUUGCAGGCUACCCAUAAGGGACCGUUUAGCAUCUUGGGGUAUGUCAGUCCCAUUGCACUGUGUGUUAUGCGGCUCUGGUCUGGAAUCACAUGAUCACCUUUUCUUCCACUGUCCAUUCUCUACUGCAAUCUGGACACACUACUGCAGUAGCUCAAAUCUACCGAUUCCGUCAUCUAUUAUAUCGGUUGGGGAUCUAUUGUCUCUGCAACAAGUUGUUGAUUCAUAUGGACUGCCGGUAGUGUUAAAGCUUCUACUGCAGAGUAUUGUUUAUUGUGUUUGGCGAGAGCGGAACUCCAGGAUUUUUGCAGGCACAUCAAUCUCCGAAGCAGCUGUGGUUAAGCAGGUAGACCGUCUCCUAAGGGAUCUUCUCAUCUCCUUCCCGUCUUUGUCUAGCAGUCACCACUCACUACUGCAGGUUUACUUCUCCCUCAAUCAUCCCCCUUAGCUUCUCUUUAUUUCUGCUCUUUGUUUUGUAAUUUCCUCCUCUUCUUGUAAUAAGUGGCUUGCCACAACUCUUGUAAAACAAAAAAACCUUGGUAUAAAUCUUAACAUUUGCACCCAAAAAAAAAACUAAAUAAAACAAACUUAUUCAAUCACACAUUUUAGUUUCAGAGCCACUAAUUACUUUUCUUCAUCUGUUUGAUUAUAAUUUGUGUUGGUCUAUGUCUUCUCCUUGGAAAGACAGGUGAAAGUAAAGGUUCACUAAUCACUCUCCUCAGAGUUUCUUAAGUAGCAAAUGUGAAAAUGAUACUUACAAAACCUCAUUUGCAAAGCCACCCAAAAGAUUAUGGAUACUCUCUGGUUCUUGAUAAUUUAGGCUUCCACUAAAUGGGUUAUAUAGAAACAGUUCAGUUGUUUGGUUGUUGGUGAAUCUCUAAAGAAACGAGGAGCAAACUGUUUGGUGAGGCGGUUGAGGCUAAUACAAUAACAUAUGAUGAAAGCUCCAUUAAAUUUCCUUGGUCAAAGAGAGUUGAGUCAAGAACUCCGACUCUAGAGAAUUCGUCGGGCAUGACAUAAAAUGCCAUUUCCCCAAAGACAAAGAUACUCAUCGUGAGAGUUCGACGCUCAAAAAACAUAAAAUGCAGCAAUGGAGAUAGACAUAUCACAAGGAACACCCCAUUAGGGGGACAGCUAGGUGAACCGGAGGUACGCAUACGGAAAAGUACUAGAUGAAUUUUGAGGUAUAGUACCGUCUUGUCCUUGAACAUCAUAAGCUGGAAAGACACGCCCAUAACAGAAAUUGUUGCCAUCCUGCAGGUUUUGAGCUCUGAAAUAAUGUAGCUAAUGGGCGCUGUUGGUGCUAUAUAGAGACGGCGGCGCUGGGUUAAUGACCACAGAAGGAGGAUGUCGAUAAUGAGAAAGCUGUAGUGGUCGUUUGAAAGGGAUGCACCAGUAAAGGAGAGGUAUGUUGCCAAGGUAGAGGAGCCACUGAGCAGAGGAGAAGGAAACAGCUUCCUAGGAGUCCUCGAUAACCAUAUCUGGUUGAGCAUAACAGAGAAGGUACAUUGGUAUGAGUUGAACACUGACAAAACAAGUCACUCCCGGUACUUUGACAAUCAGAAGCCAGUCCUCAAGACUUAGAUUUGUUGUGUACUGGAAAUAGGCCCUAAUAACUCACUUCUACUUCCUUAUCUAUAGACAAGGCUCUUGCUGCUAGGUUUAGAGAUAAAGCUUUGUGUUCAAACUGAAUGUUCUUUGUUACGUCGUGGCUCAUAGAGCUGGGACACGGGAUCCCUGUGGAGUAAGAGCAGAGACAGUAGUCCGAGGGAGUGAAGCUGGAGCAAAGUGUUCGGAAUUCUUUAGUAGCAGAUCGUGAAGAGUAGCAGGCGAGGUGGUGUACGGCGUCGACAUGGAAGAGAGAGAGAGCUUCAAGUGGGUCGUUCAAACAGCGGCGGAUCUGGAGGGGGCCGGAGACAUGACGGAGGAGUAGUCACCAUCAUGGCCAUGGAGAGGAGCAGAGCUUCUUCAGAGGGAGGAUGAAAGAGCGGCGUGGCUGUAGCAUGGGAGAUCCAUCGGAGGCGUCUUGGGAUGCGGGCUUGAGAGAGUUUCUCUCUAGAGGGAACUCGUAAUUUAUUUUUGGGAAUAUUAUUCUAAACCUAAAUUUCAAGUUAUUUUCGGGAUGGAAGCUGUUCUUGUGGAUGAAAACGUACACACUUUAAUUUUUAAAAAUAUGCUGCAAAUGAGAUUGAUGAAUGUUUGUGUAAAUUCAUGAAUGUUUGAGUAAAUAGUGAUCUGUUUUCUAAGAGUAUGUUGUAGACUCCUGAAAUGUUGAUAUGUUUGCGUAGUUUCUACACUUGACAGGGAGACAGGAUUCAAGCUUCUAUUGAACAGAAAUUGAUUAAAAAAUACAAAAGGAAGCUAAAAAAAAAGAGUAUCUAGAUAUCUUGAAUUUCUAAGUAUUGGGUAAAAAUGGUGAUUACGGAGGAAUCCACACACCCUUACAAGAUAAAUUUUAUAUUUACUACAUAUGUGAAGACAUCUGAGAAGGUUCCAAAUAUAUCCCGCUUCAACUUAAACUAUUUUCCAGAUAUUUUAUCUCAGUCAGAUGUUGAUGAUGUCUUCAUGGGUAUAUUCUUUCUCUUUAGUUGUACAUAUUUCAAUAGAUAAUGAAGUUAGAAUAUUAUUUUUCCAUUCACUAUUUGGCUAAUUUUUCCUUACUUUUCUAUUUUUUAUAUAGACAUACUGGAUGAAAUUAUUACCGAAGAAACUAUGCAGGAAAUUUAACAAAGUGUUGGAUAUUCAACUACAAGAUCUGAGGUUAUUUGUAUAAAAUAUUUUAGUUAUGUUAGUAUUUUAGUUACACACAGUUUUUCCUACGUUAGUGUUAUGAAAACUUUGGUUGCAUAUUAAUUCAGUGCUUUUAAUUAUAGUGAAACAAUCAUCGAAUGUACUUUAUGGGAAAAACACGAUGAGGAUGUGCACUUUUAUGUGAAGAACAACAAAACUGGUCUGAUAAUAUUGCUUGGAAGUUUUAUGAGGACCAAAAAAUACACAAUAGUAACCAAUUUAAACUCAAAAAGUACAUAGUUUUCUUAAAAAUUUUACUAAUAGUAUAAAACAGAAUUUUUAUAAAAUAAUUAAAAACAUAAGACCUUUGACCUGUGCCAUGUUUAUUGGGGUAACUCUAAGUGGGUUCAUAGUCAAUAUUUAAGUAUUAAAAUUAAGUUAAGAGUUUAUGUUAAGAAACACUUAAUUGUAGUUCUACAAUGGUAGUUUCUUAAGUUAAGGAUUCUUAAAAAAAUUUAUUAAACAUUGUUUUAUUGAAGAUAAAAUUUAUAGAUUCACGUUUAUCCUAAAACAUUAAAAUUGAAAAUAAUCAUAUCUUUAUAAAACUAAACGUAAAGCACGCAACUAAACUUCCAAAUCUUUUAGAAAAAAAAAAUGAAUACAAAAAA